GUACACCACACACAAUUCAUCGCUGUUAUCAUUGCAUAAACCAACCUGACCAUUUCUGCCAGUCUCAAAAGCACACGCACACACUGGCACCUGACAUUUGCCUGUUACAAGGUGGAGUCUGCCCAGCAAAGCCUGUCAGUUUAUGCAGGCCCCCAUUGCUGCCAGCACUCCCUUAGGUCUCAUAUAGCCUAUCCCAUCCUCCCUAUUAUCAUCUGGCGCUGUUCCUCCACCUCCAUAACUCCAUCCACCCGGGCCUGGUGACUAGUGACCACAGAUCAUUGCAUGGAAUGUUCUGCGUGGUCAACCCCGUCUUUCCCUUAUAAUACCUCCCUCGUCCGCCGUUUCAACCGCAUGGAUGACUACUUCAGACACCAGUGAUUCCUCAGCCAGCGGCCUCAUCCUCACUCCCUCGGGGCCCGACUCGCCUUUCCCUCCUUCCCGACAAGCCUCCUCUACCUCUCAUCGUCCUCAGAGCCCUUUAAGACUUUCUUCUUUGCCACCAGCUGUUAAGCAAGAGUUCGAUCCCGAUCGACAGCACGAUCGCAUUUUGUUCAACCAUCCACCUGAUCCAUUAUACAACGAUCACGACGGCGACGAUCACGACGAAGCCGACAUGGCCGGCAGGCCCUCCAUGCACCGACCCGACGAGGGUUCACAUGCACAUGACCCACUGCUAGGAGAGGGUAAGAGAUCGUUCAGUCGAGGGAGACCAAAGAAACCCAAUACAGCAGGGUCCAGAAGUGCAAGUUUUGCUGCUCGUAGGAGUACAUUUCGAUCGCGGUCGCCGUCAUAUGCGCAACCUCCAGAUCUGGUGCGACGGAAAUACAUCUACGCUUCCUUCUUCCUCGUCCUGUCUCUCGUCUCCUUUGUCGUUCAGACCGAGACAGCCGUCUAUAUUCAACACGAACUCAAAUGGAACAAGGCCUACUGUAUGAUGUAUCUCACUCAUGGCUCGUGGAUAUUCCUGUGGCCCGUUCAGUUACUAUUCCUCCGUAUUCAAAAGAGAAAACUCACCUGGGAAGCAUUUUGGCGACGCCAUAAGCAGACCGUCCACUCGACUGCCCAAAUGGUUCAGUCACAGGACCUAUACCUCUCGCCUACCACUACCGCCCGAUCGCCAUGGCCAUACAUGACUAGGGCCACCGCCUUCAUUACCACUUUUCUCACCAUGGCCGGCGGGUCCUGGUACGUUGCUGUCAACCUGACCUCUCCGUCCAACCUCACAGCCAUCUACAAUUGCUCAGCAUUCUUUGCCUAUGUCUUCUCCAUCAUGUUACUUAACGACAAGCUCCGCCUGGACAAAGCUCUCUCGGUUGCUCUCGCCAUCCUGGGCGUUUUGGUUGUCGCCUAUGGUGAUUCAGACGAUACAACGCCUGGGCCUGGCACAUCCAAUCCCGGUGCCGAGAAAGGGUUUGGGACCAAGUUGUUGGGCAAUAUCAUUAUUGGCAUAGGCUCUGUGGCGUACGGCUUUUAUGAAGUCCUGUAUAAGCGAUUCGCUUGUCCGCCUGAAGGCUGUUCGCCCAGCCGAGGCAUGAUCUUCGCCAACACAUUCGGCAGCAUGGUGGGGCUAUUUACAUUGACAGUCCUUUGGAUUCCACUACCAAUCCUCCACAUUACUGGUCUAGAAGUAUUUGAAUUCCCGUCGCGAGAGGCAGCCGGGCUGCUCGCCAUCUCUACCCUAUCCAACGCCGUCUUCUCAGGGUCAUUCCUCGUUCUCAUGUCCCUGACAUCUCCUGUCCUCAGCUCAGUCGCCGCACUGCUGACCAUCUUUCUCGUGGGAAUCACCGAUUGGCUCAUCACAGGUAAACCCAUUGGAUUCUGGUCCUUGGUAGGCUCUGGCUUGAUCGUUGUUGCAUUCUGCAUGCUCAGCUAUGCCACCUAUCGGGAAAUGAAAGAGGAACAAGUCAAACGGGAAGAAAACGAGGACAAAUUUGAAGUCGACGAAAGUGAAAUUGGUGAUGAUGACCAAGACAAUGACGCCGACAACGACAACGACAAUGACAACGACCUUGAUGAAUUGGGACGGAACAGACGGUCUAGAAGGGAUACUUAGACCUUUUUUUUCGACCGCAGCGCAAAGUGUAAGAUUUACCAACCUUUAGGGUGUUAGGAGGGGAAAAUCACUCUGGCAUGGCUAUGAUGAGGAUUGUCGGUUGAUUGAUCGACAUGCACACUUCGAAUCGUCGGAUACGAUAGAUUGGAUAUGACAAUUGUUUUUGCAUCAUGCAUCAAAAGGCCGGAUGAUCGGACGGGAAUCACUUCAAGAUAUACUUUUGUUGGGUAUUGUCCAGGUGGACAACCCUUAUCUUACCAAGUAGUACGUAUAUAUCUACAGUGCGGUUGUCUCGAGUAUGUAUAUCAAUAUUUGAGCUAGUUUGGUAGUUCACGGAAAUGCUACGGGGUAAAGCGUCGAGAUAAGGUCACUGCAAGAGAGACAUGAUAG